AUGUCGGACCCGGAGCCAGAUCGCUGCAAGCGGCCCGGCGUCUUGCACGGAAUCGCCGCGCCGCUGAGCGACGCGCUGCGAAAUGCACUUUACGCCGCCAUCGAAGCCAUUUACGCGGCUGGUGGGUCCGACGCGCCCGCUUACCACAAUGCGCCCAAGCCUGACACAGGACCUCAUGCUGUCGCGACGAACCACGAUGCUGCCCUUGCACCGCCUUGCUCGACCCCUGAAUCGCCGCUGGAAGCCGCCUGUGCUUGCCUGGCCAAGUGCUUGAAGCACUGGGAGUCGAGAAUUGAGGAUCGGUCGCUACAUAGCCAGACCGCCGUCUAUCACUUCCAUCCGCCAAGCAACUCUCGGGACUUUGAAAGCUGGGUCACGGGACAGAACAUGUCUGCCAGCGAUUCUGCGCUCAUCACUCGUCUUCGCUCCCUAUGCCCCAAAUCGGGCUUCGAAGUCUUUCCUGUCAUCCUGAAAUACACAGGAACGACUUGCCAGUACAAUGCUUGGGUCCAGCAAGCGAACGGCCAUGUUGAGCCUGCCUCGGCCGGAGACAACGGUUUCUGGAAGCCAUACCAACAUGUCAAGCACUCGCCGAGUAUCUUUCAGUUCAACAGCUUCACGGGUCCCACGCUCGCGGAAAAUGUAAGUUGCCCCGAGGGUAACGUUCUCGACGAAAGGAAUGUCGCUUGGGAAAGGGCUCGCCGCACUUUGUUCUUCUGGCAAUCACCAGAAGAGCAGCGGCAAUUCGAAGAAGAGCGCAGAGUUCGCGAGUCGAAUCCCAAGUGGUAUCAGAAUAUCAUCCCGGGCACGAGCGGUGAGCUUGGGUGUUAUUAUGCACCGCUAGAGUUCAUCAAUAUCGCUGAGCAACCAAAGCCUGUUUCUCACAUCUGGCGGUACCUCCUGACGCAGUGCAAUCAAUCUUCGGAUUCAGCAGCUUACUUCGAUGCCGUGCAAACUCUGUGUAACUUUGUGUGGCCCAAAGGAGACGACAUACCCACAGAGACCCGCGUCCUCGGGAUGACAGUUCGAAACCGUCAGGAGUGGAUCGACGCUAUCGACUCUAGUAUCAUGGGCGAACUGAUCAUAGCUUUGCUAGUUGUCAAGGACAGUCAGCUUUGCAGCAACCUCAUUGCUCAGACUCAAAUUGAGCCACGUAUCGACUACACUUGGGUGUGUGAGAAGGCUAGCGUCUAUGGCCAUUCCGCUGCCGACGUGCUCUAUGGACUCCGUCGUUUCUUGUUCAAACGCAAGAACUUUUUGCAAAUAGCAAGCAUUAUCGACAAGCUGCCUGCGUAUUCCGACAAUAACGACACAACCAAAAACGUCUCGGAACUCGUGAAAGACACCCUUGACACACUCGAACACCCCGUAUCAGCAAGUCACGGUCGGGUUGUGGUCAACUUUCUAAAGCUGUUCAAGGAUUUUGCGACUUGGAGCGAUAUUGUAAAUUCAGCGAUUGCCAGCGAGCCUCGGCAACUUAAUCGGCACAACCAGUUUAUGCUUGGAUUGCUCAACAGGCUUCUCGAGGUGGCGAAAAAAGACAAGCUUCCUGUUGACGAAGUGACGGCUUUCUAUCAACAAUACGCAGAAAUGAUGGACUCAUCGCACACGCUCUGGCAGGUUCAUCGUCUGGUCAGCAACGCCACGAAAGACCAGAGCGCCGAAGCGAAGACGGCUCGGCAGGCUUGGUGCAUUGCUGAGCCAGCGCAAGAGCUUCUCCACGAUAAGUCGGAGCCUCUUCCAACCAGUCACACUGUGAUUGCUGGCCUCUUCAGGAACCUUGACCGGCUCGGCAUGCAUGAUCAAGUAACCAACCUGGCAGACCACAUUGUCAAACACGUCGCCGAAAUCGAGCCCAUUCAUAUGGCACCACUCUGGCUGCCAUUACUGAUGACACUUCAAGACCUGGCUGAUCCUGAGAAUCCGGCGUUCCGGCGUUUGUUUCAAGCCAUCUUCGAACGGUACGAUGAGGCUGUUUUUGAAGAUGUUUCUGGCCGACUCGAACAAGAUCCAGACUGUAUACCGCACAUGGCUGCGUGUUGCAGUCAUUGCCAAACGCUCGACCCUUAUUUCGAACAGCCUAGUUGGAAGACUCUUCAUCUCGUGCGCCCAAGGGCUAUAGUAGAUCACAUCGAAACCCAGCUUCGUCAGCAAGGAAAGCCCAUCAAGACAGUCGUCUAUGGCAAGAACGAGGCAAGCUUGACAAUGCAGCUAACCAAGACCUCUCUAGUCAAUGAGAACCUGCGUACGGUUGGAGAGUUGCGACGACAGGAGGCGAUGAAGACUGUGCAACAGUUCGACCCAGACAGAUUGUUGCCUUUCCUCGAAGACAAGGGAGAGAUUAUGUGGAGGCUCGGGAACGCAGAGUCUCAAGAGGCGCCCAAAAACACGCCUGUCAGAUCCUCGGAUUCACCGUCCGCCAGCGCUGCUAGGCUGUCGAGAACAAGCUCGUCCUUUACGUCCGAUACUUCUCCGGGCCCCGCAGAGACGCCUCGAAUGGAUCUCCAACAAUCCCAAACCAAAAGCGAAGCACGACCGAACACAGAAACAAGACGUGACGAAGCAACGCCCAAACUUGAGAGCCACGGCAGCCUGGGCACCGUCAAGGCAGAGCCUUCUUCAGGUUCUGACUUGACGGGACGCUCGGGUCAUAAAGAUGUUCGAGAGAUGUUCGGCGCCGCGGUCAAAAAGGAGAAACCCACUUCAGGAAGCACCCAAGGUCUCCCCAAGACUGGCAGCAUUUCGACAAGAGAUCGCCUCAAGUCAUUGAGCAAGAUCACGCGGAAUUCCACACCCAAGUACGACGAUGUAUCGGCAGAGCGACUUCGAGCGGCUCUUAAUAAGGAUCGGACACCGAAAGAAACGCCUGGAAGCAGUAGCAAGGCAGCGUUGGGCCAUUCGUCAACCGCGACAACCUCUACGAAGAGAACGGAGUCGGCGACUUCAUCUGGGGCACGAAGAAUCGACGGGCCUGUAUCUUCUACUCUCGGGAGAUCCGGCUUGCCAAGGAGCGCGCCGCCGCCGCCGCCGAUUCGCAAGAGUGCCAUUGGUGGAUCUGGCACGCGACGGCCAGAUGCCGUGGCCGGCUCUCCGAAUGGCACAACACCGCGCCCAAGCUCUCUGACGGGUGCCUCGAGCCGAGGCCUAGGCGUCGGAGUCAGGGGUAAAAGCCCGUCGAGCAGUCCUUCACCGGCCACCGCCAGCGCCGAACCGGACUACAUGGCGGCCGUUCUGAGCGCGGAGCGUGCGAAGAAGCGGCGUACCGGCUCGACCUGGGAAGUGCGUUCCGUCUCCGGCAAUGUCGUAGGCUCAGGAACAUCUUCCGGCAAGUCGAGAUUCGGCAGCCUCGCGCAAGGCAAGGAGAACCUGGGGCUUUCCAGAGUAGGGGGGACGCCUUCUUUGGGAACCGGAGCGCCCGGUAGAGCGAACGCGGCCCCGGGAGCUCUGGCCGCGAGGUCGCCCAACGUGAGGCCGGGAACCACCCGGAUUCCCGCCUCGGCCGGAACCAAGAGGAAGAUGGACGGCGACGACGGCGUCAUCGACCUCUGCGGCGACAGUCCUCCGCUCGGCGCGACCGAGAAGAAAAGGGGCCCGCCGGUUUUUGACCUCCUCGACGACGACCCCUUUGGUGAGGAUUAG